CGUUGUUUGUUGUAAAAAGGUGUCUCCGAAGCAAGGACGCGCAGAAAACUGACCUGACUGUAUUAGCGUCGUCUGGGGCGUCGCGUCUUGCUUCUGGACCAACUCAACAACACGUUUCUAUCGUAGCUAGAGCUUUUAGGGGAUAGCAGGAGUUGCGAUAGCUAUGUUUGAUGUAUAACGAAAGAAAGCACUUGGCUUUGCAGUGAACGCCGCGCUAGUUCUUCGUCGCUUGGCCGCAGGGCUGUUGCUAUUAUUAGCUACAGGAUGCAUGGAAGCCUCGCGCCAGAUGGCAUAGUGCGCUAGUGACGCGUAGCUAGGCGGUAAAGAUUUACUUCUUGCUUCGUCCGUUUCUCAGGUUGAGCGAAAAUGGCAACCAAAAGCAGUUUCCCAACCGACGCCGACUACCCCGACUUGUCCAAGCACAACAACUGGAUGGCAAAGUGCCUCACGAAGGAGAUAUACGGACGACUGAGGGACAAGAAGACGCCGUCCGGUUUCACGUUGGACGAAUGUAUUCAGACAGGAGUUGAUAACCCGGGGCACCCCUUCAUUAUGACUGUGGGCUGUGUGGCCGGAGACGAGGAGAGUUACGAUGUGUUUGCCGAACUACUCGAUGACAUCAUCGAAAAACGCCACGGAGGCUACAAAAAGGACGCCAAGCACACAACUGACCUCAACCCGGACCACCUAAAGGGGGGAGAUGACCUUGACCCGAAAUACGUCCUGUCGUCCCGAGUUAGGACGGGGCGCUCGAUCCGUGGCUACGGUCUGCCACCUCACUGCUCACGAGCCGAGCGGCGGGCCGUGGAAGAGAUUGUUGCCGCCGCACUCGGCGGCCUCGAUGGAACUUUCAAGGGUAAAGCGUUACACAUCCCAUAAUAUUCACUCAUAGCUCAUUUUCAAUGUUUAUCCAACACACACCUUAUAUGUAUGUGUUACCACAGGAGAAGUACUACCCACUGGGUGGUAUGAGUGAGGAAGAGCAGCAGGUACUGAUUGACGAUCACUUUCUCUUCGACAAGCCAGUGUCUCCCCUCCUUCUGGCCUCGGGGAUGGCGCGAGACUGGCCCGACGGUCGCGGGAUCUGGCACAACGACAAGAAGAACUUCCUCGUCUGGGUAAACGAGGAGGAUCAUACUCGUGUCAUCUCCAUGGAGAAAGGCGGGAACAUGCGAGCCGUCUUCACCAGGUUCUGCGAGGGCCUCAAGAAGGUGGAAGACUCCAUCAAGACGAAAGGGAAGGCCUUCAUGUGGAGCGAACACCUUGGCUACAUCCUCACCUGUCCCUCCAACCUCGGGACGGGGCUGCGUGCCGGCGUCCACGUGAAGCUCCCUCUCCUCUGUAAAGACAAGCGCUUUGAUGGCAUUCUCAAGAAACUCUGUCUCCAAAAGAGAGGCACUGGUGGUGUUGACACGGCCAGCACCGACGGGACAUUUGACAUCUCCAACUCUGACAGACUUGGAUUCUCAGAGGUCUCCCUCGUUCAGAAAGUCGUGGACGGAGUCAAGCUCCUCGUGAACAUGGAGAAAAAGUUGGAGGCUGGAGGGUCGAUUGAUAGCCUCGUCCCCAAGUGAACCUAACCUCCUGACUGACCACAGACUGAGACACUGUAGUAUAUAUACUGCUGUACAUUAGCCUGGCGUGCAUACAGAGACAUGCAUCGUUAUUUAUAUGCAGAACACAGUGUGAAAGUACUUUAAACAGAUGUAUUAUAGACAAUGAGAGAAGCGAGAACAGUUGAAGAGGUCGUUUUGAAAAAAUAGACAGUUAGAUAAUUAUAGUAGAGUUGAAGAGAUGGAGAGUUGUUUUUUGUCAGAGGGUCUUUUUAGUAGCAGUGACUGCAAAACACCGAGGUGACAUGGCUGGGUCAAACAACUGUACCAGACUGACUUCUUCCGUGCUUCCCUGCUCGUGCAGAAAGAGUAGUCGGUCCAUCACGAUCAGUGACUCCACACACGAUGCAAGAACAGCUCUCAACUUCAGGAGGAUGGAGAGGCAAACUCUUCCCGACUCAAACUCUCUGUACGCUGCAGCCACUUCCUCUCCUGAAACCUGAACAUCAUUCAUAGACACACACAUGAAGGGACUUCAGUGAACCUUUCACACAAGAAGUUCAAGUAAAUUAAAAAUCCCGUGUGAUUUAAAAAAACAGGCAUAUUAUAGGGAUUAUUGUAAGGGAGACAAGAUAGGGAUGGGAUACAUGAAGCAUGGUGAUU